CUUCGCCGUCGAGAAAUCUCCACCGGUUGAUAAUAACGAAGGAGGAAGAGAAUCGUGUGUAAGUCUAGAGCAAUUGCUUCCAUCAAGAACAACUCCACGGAUACUAUCGACGCCACUGCCAACCGCAUCAUGUCCGUCGAGAAUCGAUCUACUCGUGAGGCUUCCGCCGCUGCCGAUUGACCUUCUUCCCGUCGUCAUUGAAACCACGCCAGUCGUUGGUCGUCAUAUCGUCGUUGGAACCCAGACCCGCCGUUAGUCGUCGUGUCAUGAUGGAUUGUCUAUUCUCGUUGCCGACUAGUCAUCGCCUCAUCGGUAACGUCCCCCAGCCACUGUCGACCACCUCCAGUCCGCCGCUCCCGUUGUUCAACAACCCUCCGUUGAUUUUGUUUUACCAGGUGCACUAUGUCACAAGUGUCGAAGAUCUUGAAGAUCUAUAUUGUGAUUCAUGAUCACUGAG